AUGGCUAACAAGCACGAUCAUCAGGCUUCGACAAACUACAAGGAAGCUUUCUCCCUGUUCGAUCGCCGCGGUACCGGCCGCGUUUCCGGAGAUCUGUUGGGUGAUUUGCUCCGCGCUUGUGGUCAGAAUCCUACGCUUGCGGAGAUUAGUGAUCUGGAGAAGACUGUCGGUGGUGAUUUCGAUUUCGAUUCCUUUUUGAAGGUCCUCAACCGUCCUGGUGGUUUCCGGGAUCCUGGUGAGCCCGAGGAGUAUUGUCGCGGUUUCCAGGUGUUUGAUAAGGAUAUGACGGGGUUCAUUGGUGUGGGACAGUUGCGUUACAUCCUCACCAACCUCGGCGAGAAAAUGUCCGAUGACGAAGUCGAUGAGCUCCUCAAGGCUGUCGAUACUAGCUCUGGCGAGAUCAACUAUACCGAUCUGGUCCGCACCAUCUUGGCCAACUGA